AUGGCAUUUGCUGUUCGUUCGUUGUUCCUCCUUUGCGGCAUCAAUACACUGUUGAAUGGAGUCUGGCCUUUACCUUUGGGUCAUUGGAAAAAUAUUAAAUGUCCUUCAGGCUGGACUCAGUUGGACUGUCACUGUUACAUGUACGAAGCUACUGCAGCGACCUUUGUAGCUGCUGAUGCGGACUGCAUUGAUAAUGGUGGAAAUCUGGUCUCCAUUCACAAUGAUCUGGAAAAUGAAAUAGUCGUUCAACUGAUUGAAGAUGGUGGUGGAACACAAGCCUGGAUUGGACUCCACGAUGCAAUUGUGGAUAAUGACUUCAUAUGGACUGAUGGAUCUAUUCAGGAUUUCCUUAACUUUGAUACGGAUGAUCUGGAGCCCAAUGACACUGGUUCUUGUGUGCUGAUUGAAACAACAGACGCGCUAUGGCAGGAUGAACUCUGUACGGACACAAACCCGUAUGUGUGCAUCAUGGAUGUGUGCCAAGGCGGAGAUCCGAGCUCUCCAGACUGUCCGGGACCUUCAAUGCCUUGAUGGUUAUGCACGGACUUGUCUUAUUUUUCCGACUGUGUUUCUUUUGAGCUUCUUCCCUUUGAUUUUUGACAAGUUCCUGUGGAAUGUUCCUGCUUGUCAUUUGUUUCCUUGUUUCUGGCUGGCGGGUCAACUUCUGGAAGGCACUCACUCUCACACCUGCAGCCGAUCAGCUCAGUUUAAAACCUCUUCUGAUCUGCGAGCAGUCACCAGAUGAUUCCCACCUCCAGAGUGGUAUGUUGGCCGCCAUCAGUGUUUGUAGGUUUGUCAUGUUUUGUUUUUGCCGUGUUUCACUCUCUUUGGUCUUCUUACCAGUGCCUCCCAUCCAUCCUCGCUCUACGUGAUCUCCACGAGUCUUUUGCCGCCAACCCCAAGGAUCGAUCAGAUCAUUGAUCGAUCACCUCUCCCUCAUCACCUGCUUCCCAGCCUCACCCACAACUCAGUCAACUCACUGCCACUUUUGCGACUUCUUCGAACCUGGUCACAUGUUCCACAUUGCUGUCAUUAAACACUAACUUUGCUCCUA